UCAGGGGACGCAAUCAUUAACAAGCAGCCCAUUUCCAUACAAGCAACCAUUAUAAAAGUAUUGAUGUAUGUUUAAAGCGGAAUGUAUGACAUACAAGUGCAAAGGCAACACCCAUUGAUUUGGACACACAGGCCGACAGGAACCAGCGUUGUUGUAUCAUCUCUUCCACACAGGACACUGGAAAUGAUGACGUUAGCUAGCUCGCUAGCUGUUUGAUAAUUCAACCAACAACUUCAUCGGAAUCGGGCCGCUCUCGGAGAAACAAUGAAUUCUCUGCUGUCUAAUCCACAAGGAAACGGGCUCCUCUACGCGGGAUUCAACCAGGACCACGGGUGCUUUGCCUGUGGGAUGGAGAAUGGUUUUCGGGUUUACAACACAGAUCCCCUUAAAGAGAAGGAGAAACAAGAGUUCAUGGAGGGCGGGGUCGGCCACGUGGAGAUGCUCUUCAGGUGUAACUAUCUCGCUCUAGUUGGAGGGGGGAAGAAACCCAAGUACCCAACUAAUAAAGUGAUGAUCUGGGAUGACUUGAAGAAGAAGACGGUCAUCGAGAUUGAGUUUUCCACAGAGGUCAAAGCAGUGAAGCUUCGGCGUGACAGAAUUGUGGUGGUCCUGGACUCUAUGAUCAAAGUGUUCACCUUUACCCACAACCCCCACCAGCUGCACGUAUUUGAAACCUGCUACAACCCCAAAGGAUUGUGUGUGCUGUGUCCCAACAGCAACAACUCUCUUCUGGCCUUUCCUGGGACUCAUUCAGGCCAUGUUCAGAUAGUAGACCUGGCAAACACAGAGAAGCCCCCCGUUGACAUCCCCGCCCACGAGGGCUCGCUGUGCUGCAUCUCCCUGAACCUUCAGGGGACCAGAAUAGCUACUGCAUCAGAAAAAGGGACCCUUAUAAGAAUUUUUGACACAUCCGCUGGUCAGCUCAUACAGGAGCUGAGACGAGGCUCUCAGACUGCAAACAUUUACUGCAUUAAUUUCAACCAAGAUGCGUCCCUCAUUUGCGUAUCCAGUGACCAUGGCACAGUGCACAUCUUUGCAGCCGAAGACGCGAAAAGGAACAAGCAGUCCAGUUUGGCAUCAGCCAGCUUUCUUCCAAAAUACUUCAGCUCCAAGUGGAGCUUCUCCAGGUUCCAGUUGCCCUCAGGCUCCCCAUGUUUGUGUGCCUUCGGAACAGAGCCCAACGCCGUCAUAGCCAUUUGUGCUGAUGGCAGCUACUACAAGUUCCUGUUCAACCAAAAGGGAGAAUGUUCUAGAGAUGUUUACGCCCAGUUCCUGGAGAUGACCGAUGAAAAAAUAUGACAGCGUCACACGACCUGUUUUCUUUUUCGGUUAUUCGGAAGGAAUGAAUUCACUUCCCAUGACGUGGACAGACUCUGCGAGAAGAGCGUCACUACAGAAGAAGGCGAAACAUUUAAUGGAGACAUACUUUCUAUCACGGCUGUUGCUGGGCCGUCAGAGCGACGUGUUUGAACCAAACACGAUGGAGGAGGAGACAAUAAAAAAAGGAAGCAGGUGUUUUGGAUUUUUUCAGACGUCUUCCGAGGACUUUGCAAUGGAUGAUUAUUUUUUAAAUCAAAUAGAUAAUUAUGAUAAAUGGAGAGAUUUGUCAACUAACACCACCUGAGCUAGUGCUAGCGAGUGCCUCUGCCUGGAGAGAGAACCUGCAAACACACAUUUCCUGUGUGUGUGUGUGUGCAUACACAAAAGUACCACAAUGAAUGUGUUCACUCAGCAGGAUCACACAGCAAAGCCAUGUAGCUGUAAAUUAGAAUAAACAUUGCAUCCUUCACUGUAUUAACCCAAGACUGAAUAUUAAGGAGGAAAAUCAUUUUUUGUUUGAGUUUAUACUUGUGAUUUUUUAUUUUUAAAUGAAAGCUAUACAAGCAUUGCUAUCACCAAGGUUUUUUUGUUUUUUUUUCCAAACAUGUUUUUCUAAUGACGUGGAAAUAUGCUUUUGUUAUAUGUUUUGUACGUUAGCUUGGUAUGAAAUCCAAGUAAGAUUAAUGCUAACAAAUCCAACAUGCGGAAAAUCCAAAUACAUUUUAAAGUUACAUUGAAAGAUGUAACCAAGCGAAGUCAUGGUUCCUGUUUGGUUUAUCGUUGGUUUUUUUCAUGUUUAUCUGCAUCUAAACUGCAGAAAAGGGAGCACAUUCUCCAAAAGGGGUGUCCAAAGUCUUGCCUGGCAGCCAUUUUCGGCAUGCAGCUUUUUACUUUUUAUUGAGCCGCUUCAAUCCUGCGUCCUUACGCCGUCUUUCUGUUGCCAGAAGAUUCCAGCAUAUAUUUUUUAUUUUCUGGCCCACAGACUGACAAUGCUUGUGAAUGACUUGUUGGUUGCUCCAUAUAUCCUCACUGGAAAAACUCACAAUCUCACCAAGUAUAUUUCUAAAUGCUAGUCAAAAUAUCUAAACAAACCUAAUACAAGUCACGAUCCACUGAAUGGCCAUUUUUAGGGUGACAUAAGAACUUGUUUUUAGGCAAUAGAUGUUCUGAGGGAAAACAUACUACUUUUGAGCAUCUUAAGUUUGUUAUAAGACGCAAAACUUCACAAUACUAGUAAGUUUAGCUAAUAAGUUUUAAUUACUAAUUUCUUACAUCAAGGAAUCUUAUCAAGAGAAUUUUGAUUUGUUCCAUUGACAGAUUUUUUUGCUCAUUCAAGUUAUUUUUGCUUGUAAUGAGAAAAAAAAAAUUCUGCCAAUGGAACAAGUCAAAAUUGUUUUGGUAAGAUUUCUUGAAAUAAGAAAUGAGUAAUUAAAACGUAGCAUUAGUUAUACUUUCUAGUAUUGUGAAGUUUUGUGUCCUAGAACAAACUUGUGAUGCUCAAAAGUAGUAUUUUUUCCCUCAGAACAUCUAUUGCCUAAACACAAGUUCUUAUAUCACACUGAGAAAUGACUAUUCAGGGAAUGGCGCCUUGUCACCUACUUCAUUCUGCUCUCCAUUGUGUAAAUAACUACAUCCUGCUCAUGCAAAUCAGAGCAAUUGGCUUUGUUGACACUAUGUGUGAAUACUAAUCACCAUUUCAAACAAUAAAAGUGUACUUCAUUUUUGGUUGUAUCGUCUUUCCAGUACGCCGUUUUCAAGAGAGAACCGCCCCAAAACAUUUCAUUUUUGUCCAUCCAAUUGUACAUUUGUGUUGUGCCCCACCUUUUGGUUAUACUGAAUAAUGAAAGGACGCUCCACAAAGUGAUAAGCCAACUGUUGAAAUCCUCACGUUAAGUUUAAAUGUAAAACAAAAUCUGCAUUUCAAUUUGAAAAUAAAACAUGGUAACAAA